GGCGCUUUGAGUUCAUAGGCAGUAACCAGGUCUGCCAGAAAUUAAGAACAUCCAACAUGAAAAGCUUUGGAAGACAUAAAGAUCAGCCUCAACCUCCCACGCCCACAUUAGUACUACUUGUCUUGAUGAUCUCUCUGCUCAAACCCUUCUCAGCUGCUUCCGCUCUACACUUUGACAAUCCAUGUUUCAUGUUCCCAUAUGGCUUUGCGAUCCCCAAGAGGUUAGCCAAUGCUUCUGAGCGGCCUCCUUACCUCAGCCCAAGCCAGCCAAACGGAAGACUCAACGGCAUCAGCCGCCGAGCUACGUAUUCCAGCAAAGUGCAUUUUUGGGACAAGGCCACGGGGGAUGUGGUGGAUUGCACUACCCAGUAUACGGCCAGCACCGACUCUCGACAGGGAAACCCUUUCGGUGACGCACUCACCAUAUUUGUUGGUCCUUAUUACGGCACAGCUGUGGAUUUGGGGAAACUGCAUCGGUGGGGCCAGACCACCUCCGUGUUUGUGGCGCCUUGGACUAAUUGGUGUACCGACUAUCAACAGGCAAAGACUCACAGUUUCCUUUCUACUGAUGCUUCUCAGGGCCAUGUAGCUCGUCCCAACAGCGAUUGUGUUGCAGUUCACGUUGACCAUGUCAAGAAUACGUGGAGUGUGGACGUUCCAUGUGUCGGUAAAGACUCGAACGACCCCUGGUCCAUGGCCGAUGUCCGAAGGGAGAUCGUCAAAGUCAUGAAGGACGGGUCGGUCGCUCAUAUUACGUACAACCCGUGUGCGAAAAGUUUGAGCGUGGUCUGGAGGGAUAAUGAUGGGAAUUCCAGUAAUGAAGUCAGUCGUCACUACGACGCACGCAGCUCAACUGCGUAUUUGCCAGAGGUGGUGGGUGUUUGUGUCAUAGCUCCCCCUGAAUCUGCAUUUGAGUAUCGCUUUGCCCAGACAUCGGAAUUACGCUUGGACUCACUGCUUUUGGUGGAAAAGGUUACCGACUCUUGGUUGAAGUCGCUACUGGGCGGUGUCGUCGUAUUGGUGGUGACCAUUGUUGCUUGGGUAAAUUAUAGGUCAAAAGUCUCCGGUCCAGAGACACAGAGAGGUGGACAAGGAGGCAACCGCAGCGCAAACUUAACCGAAGAGUUCGAAAAGUUGAGCGGAACCAAGAAGUUCUCCUAUAAAGAGUUGAUGAUCGCGACUGAUUCUUUUGCACGUGACAGAAUUCUGGGAGAAGGGGGUUUCGGGAUAGUGUACAAAGGGCACAUAGGAGGCGCUCGCAAACGGGUCGCUGUAAAGAAAUUAAAAUCUGGUUCACACCGAGGGAUAAAGGAGUAUAUAUCCGAGGUGAAGUCAUUAAGCCAACUUAGGCACAGAAACUUGGUGCAACUUAUAGGUUAUUAUCACAAGGCGAAUGAAUUCGUCCUGGUUUACGAAUUUAUGAGCAGAGGUAGCUUGGAGGAUAAUCUAUUUAAAGGCAGACCCUUGUUGACAUGGGAAAGGAGGUACAACAUCGCUCUAGGAUUAGCCUCGGCGGUGCAUUACUUGCACAAACAAUGUAAUCAAUGCGUGAUCCAUAGGGAUAUCAAAUCCAGCAACAUCAUGCUCAAUAAAAGGUUUGAGGCGAAAUUGGGAGAUUUUGGCUUGGCUAGGCUGGUUGACCACACUGGAGGGCCAAAACUACAUCAAAAAGCAACCGAAGUGAUAAGAACACUAGGUUACAUGGCUCCGGAAUACUAUCGAAUGGGUGAGACAAGUACGGAAUCUGAUGUCUAUAGUUUUGGAGUCGUCCUUUUGGAAAUAGUAUGCGGGAGAAGAGUCAUCGAAGACGAAGGCCACCUUGUUGAGUGGGUUCGGGAGCAAUAUGGGCGGGGAAAGUUGCCUGUGGACUCGAAGCUCGGCAGAGAUUUCGACAAGAAACAGGUGAAGGCCUUGAUGAUUGCGGGGCUUUGGUGUGCUCAUCCCAAUGUUAGCCAUCGGCCCUCGAUUGAAGAGGCAAUGGCCGUUUUGAACUUAAGGGCAGAUCUUUCCAAUCUCCCCUCAGAUCUGCGACGGUCUCAAUGGAAGGUCUGGUCUAGAGGCUUUCGGUUUUGGGCAAAUGCCUCGCUCUGA